CGGGGGUGGCUGUUAUUUCCCAGCCUCCUGGGCCUGCACCUCUGCCUUUUUGAGGGACAGAAUGGAAAGUGAAGUGGAUUGUAUCUUUUUUUUUGGCGGAUGGCUGGUAUGGGGCUUGCAACCCUUGACCUUGUUAUAACACUGUGCUCUAACCAAGUGAGCUAACUGGCCAGCCCCAGGUUGUAUCACUUCUGCACACAUGCCGCUGGCCACCCCUGCUGUUGGAAAUGUGGUCUUUAGCCAGGCAGUCAUGUACCCAGGUAAAAUUUUACCAUUUGUAGGACAAGGGGACCAUGAACAUUGGAGAAAAGCAGGAAGUAUGCACAGGUUCCAGGAGCCGCUGGAGAACCUCAACGUCAGCAGUCUGUGCUGCUUCUCUCAAGUCCCGGGGAUGCGAGCAACAGGCCUGCGGCGGGAGAAGGUAGCCCGAGACAGUUCAUCUGGUGCUGGGGACGCUGUCCAGCGAAGGCUGCUCGGUCUGCGGAAAAGGCCUUGGUCGGCAGGCAAGUGCCUGCCCAGGAGCCUGGGAAGCCAGCAGGCAGUUCCAGCUAAGGGGGAGACUAAGCAGGAUUGCUGUAUGAAAACCGAACUGCUGAGAGAAGAGAUCCUGAUGGCUGCCGACGAAGGCUCAGCAGAGAAGCAGGCAGGAGAGGCCCACGUGGCUGCAGAUGGUGAGACCAACGGGUCUUGUGAAAAAGGCGAUAGCAGCAGCCACCUGAAUGCAGGAAGACACAUUCAGGAGAAUGCAAAAAUCAGCCCACAGGAAGGUACCAAUAAACUAACCCGAAUAGCGGAAAACGGGAUUUCAGAAAGAGACACAGAAGUGGGGAAGGAAAACCAUGUUGCAGCAGAUGACUUUAUACAGACUUCUGUCAUGGGCAGCAACGGAUACUUCUUACAUAAACCGGCCUUGCAGGGGCAGCCCUUGAGGACUACCAGCACUCUGGCCUCCUCGCUUCCUGGCCAUGCUGCGAAAACCCUUCCUGGAGGGGCUGGAAAAGGCAGGACUCCAAGUGCUUUUCCUCAUAUGCCAGCCGCUGCACCAGCUGUGCCUGGGGAGGGGAGCACAGAUGCAGAGGAACGAAAGCCCACGGCCCCUGGUGCUGACGUCAAGGUUCACCGGGCACGCAAGACCAUGCCAAAAUCCAUCUUGGGCCUGCAUGCAGCCAGUAAGGAUUCCAGAGAAGUUCGAGAAGCUAGAGAUCAUAAGGAGCCAAAGGAGGAGAUCAACAAAAACAUUUCUGACUUUGGACGGCAGCAGCUUUUACCUCCCUUCCCAUCCCUUCAUCAGUCACUACCUCAGAACCAGUGCUACAUGGGCACCACAAAAUCACAGACAGCUUGCUUGCCUUUUGUUUUAGCAGCUGCAGUAUCUCGGAAGAAAAAACGAAGAAUGGGAACCUAUAGCCUGGUUCCUAAGAAAAAGACCAAAGUAUUAAAACAGAGGACGGUGAUUGAGAUGUUUAAGAGUAUAACUCAUUCCACUGUGGGUUCCAAGGGUGAGAAGGACCUGGGCGACAGCACUCUUCACGUGAAUGGGGAGAGCUUGGAGCUGGACUCAGAGGAGGAUGACUCAGAGGAGCUGGAGGACGAAGAUGAUCACCGAGCUGAGCAGGCAGCUGCAUUCCCCACUGAGGACAGCAGGACUUCUAAAGAGAGCACGUCUGAAAUGGACCGCACCCAUAAGCUGGAUGGUGAGUCUGAGGAGGAGCAGGAGUCCGCCGACACUGGGGAGGAAGAGGAAGGCGGAGACGAGUCUGAUUUGAGUUCUGAGUCCAGCAUCAAGAAGAAAUUUCUCAAGAGGAAGGGGAAAACUGACAGCCCCUGGAUCAAGCCCGCUAGGAAAAGGCGGCGGAGAAAUAAAAAGAAGCCAAGCAGCGCUCUGGGUUCUGAGGCAUGUAAGUCAUCUUCAGGAAGCACAGAGCAGAUGGCACCAGGAGACAGCACGGGAUAUAUGGAAGUUUCUCUGGACUCCCUGGAUCUUCGUGUCAAAGGGAUUCUGUCCUCAGAAGCGGAAGGGCUGUCCAAUGGUCCAGAUGCACUGGAGACAGACAGCCUCCAGGAAGUGCCUCUCUGCAGCUGCCGGAUGGAAACCCCAAAGAGCCGAGAGAUCACCACCCUGGCCAAUAACCAGUGCAUGGCUACUGAAAGCGUGGAUCACGAACUGGGCCGGUGCACAAACAGCGUGGUCAAGUAUGAGCUGAUGCGCCCAUCCAACAAGGCACCGCUCCUGGUGCUGUGUGAAGACCACCGGGGCCGCAUGGUGAAGCACCAGUGUUGUCCUGGCUGUGGCUACUUCUGCACGGCGGGUAAUUUUAUGGAAUGUCAGCCUGAGAGCAGCAUCUCUCACCGUUUCCACAAAGACUGUGCCUCUCGAGUCAAUAACGCCAGCUAUUGUCCCCACUGCGGGGAGGAGACCUCCAAGGCCAAAGAGGUGACAAUAGCAAAAGCAGACACCACCUCCAUGGUGACACUGGCCCCCGGGCAGGAGAAGAGCUCAGCCGUGGAGGGCAGGGCCGACACCACUACGGGCAGUGCUGCUGGACCACUGCUCUCAGAGGAUGACAAGCCACAGAGCGCAGCUCCCCAGGUGCUGGAGGGCUUCGAUCCUGCGGGGCCAGCUGGGCUCGUGAGGCCAACUUCUGGCCUCUCCCAGACACCAGGGAAGGAGACCUUGGAGAGUGCACUAGUUGCUCUGGACUCGGAAAAGCCCAAGAAGCUUCGCUUCCACCCAAAGCAGCUGUACUUCUCCGCCAGGCAAGGGGAGCUUCAGAAGGUGCUCCUCAUGCUGGUUGAUGGAAUCGACCCCAACUUCAAAAUGGAGCACCAGAGCAAGCGCUCGCCCUUGCACGCCGCGGCGGAGGCUGGCCACGUGGACAUCUGCCACAUGCUGGUUCAGGCGGGCGCUAACAUUGACACCUGCUCGGAAGACCAGAGGACCCCACUGAUGGAGGCAGCAGAAAACAACCACCUGGAAGCAGUGAAGUACCUCAUCAAGGCUGGGGCACUAGUGGAUCCUAAGGAUGCAGAGGGCUCAACGUGUUUGCACUUGGCUGCCAAGAAAGGCCAUUAUGAUGUAGUUCAGUAUCUGCUUUCGAAUGGACAAAUGGACGUCAACUGCCAGGAUGAUGGAGGCUGGACGCCCAUGAUUUGGGCCACUGAGUACAAGCACGUGGACCUGGUGAAGCUGCUGCUGUCCAGGGGCUCUGACAUCAACAUCCGCGACAAUGAGGAGAACAUCUGCCUGCACUGGGCAGCAUUCUCGGGCUGCGUGGACAUAGCUGAGAUACUGCUGGCUGCCAAGUGCGAUCUCCACGCCGUGAAUGUCCACGGAGACUCGCCCCUGCACAUAGCUGCCAGGGAGAACCGCUACGACUGCGUCGUCCUCUUUCUUUCUCGGGAUUCAGAUGUCACCCUAAAAAACAAGGAGGGAGAGACGCCCCUGCAGUGCGCGAGCCUCAACUCUCAGGUGUGGAGCGCUUUGCAGAUGAGCAAGGCACUCCGAGACUCGGCCUCUGACAAGCCUGUCCCUGUCGAGAAGACAGUGAGCAGAGACAUCGCCCGAGGCUAUGAGCGAGUCCCCAUCCCCUGUGUCAACGCUGUGGACAGUGAGCCGUGCCCCAGCAACUACAAGUAUGUCUCUCAGAACUGUGUGACUUCCCCCAUGAACAUCGACAGGAACAUCACUCACUUGCAGUACUGCGUGUGCAUAGACGACUGCUCUUCCAGCAACUGCAUGUGCGGCCAGCUCAGUAUGCGCUGCUGGUACGAUAAGGACGGCCGACUUCUGCCUGAAUUCAACAUGGCAGAGCCUCCCUUGAUCUUUGAGUGUAACCAUGCUUGCUCCUGCUGGAGGAACUGCCGGAACCGCGUUGUGCAGAAUGGGCUCAGGGCAAGGCUACAGCUCUACCGGACGCAGGACAUGGGCUGGGGCGUGCGGUCCCUGCAGGACAUCCCUCUGGGCACCUUUGUCUGCGAGUAUGUCGGGGAGCUGAUCUCCGAUUCAGAAGCCGACGUUCGGGAAGAAGAUUCUUACCUCUUUGAUCUUGACAAUAAGGAUGGAGAGGUGUACUGCAUCGAUGCUCGGUUCUACGGGAACGUCAGCCGGUUCAUAAACCACCACUGCGAGCCCAACCUCGUGCCCGUGCGUGUUUUCAUGUCCCACCAGGACCUGCGGUUUCCCAGGAUCGCGUUCUUCAGCACCCGCCUGAUUAUGGCUGGAGAGCAGCUGGGGUUUGAUUAUGGAGAGCGCUUCUGGGACAUCAAAGGCAAACUGUUCAGCUGCCGAUGCGGCUCCUCCAAGUGCCGGCACUCGAGCGCUGCCCUGGCCCAGCGGCAGGCCAGUGCCAGCCAGGAGGCCCAGGAGGAUGGCCUGCCGGACACCAGCUCUGCCGCUGCCGCUGACCCCCUAUGAGAUGCAUCUGGGCCAGGGGGAUGCCGGGAUUCGGUACUGUUGGCAUUGCGCUUAGAGAGGAGAAACUCUGCACGUGAUGUCUGAGAUGGCCUGGUGAGGGGCUGUGCCACCGACUUCCUGGAGGGGCCAGAAGUGAGGCCGCAGGUCCUCGGCCUGGCGGCCUAUGGGCGGGUGUGAAUGCCUCCCAGUGACAUUCCCACGCCUGCAGCCUCACAGCCAGGCCCAGUGCUCAGGCUGGAGUGGACCCUGUACUGCCAUGUGCCCCAGAAGACUGGGGAUUCCAUGUCGGCGUAACCUUGUGAGUUUCUGGUGGUGGUUUUGUCGUUGCGAAGUUUCUCAUUCCUCUGAUCUCUGCGGUCCCUGCUCCACCUCUGGGUUCGUCUGUCCUCUUGUCCAGCCCAGACUCCUGUGUGGCACCUGACAAAGCCACCGGCACCACAAGCUGCUCCGUUAAACCCACCCACCACGGCCUGCGGGUGCCAUGCAGGGGACACCGUCUCCCAUCACGGUCUUGGAGAGAAGGUCAGGGACCGACCUGCCACUAACUUUGGAGAAAAUGUGGGUUUGCUUUUUAAAGAAAUCCUGUAUCUAGUCCUUCCUAUAUAUCAAACCUCUGACUGGCGUUUGUGAGGAAGCGGUUUGGUGGGUGCAGGCCAAUCCUGCACUGGCCCCUCUCCAGUUCCGUUGAUGCUGGCACCUUCUGUUGAUUUUUAAACCACAUGCUAUGAUGAUGAAUAAACUGAUUUAUUUUCUACCAUUACUGAACAUUAGGACAAAGAAAAAAAUAAAAAAACACAAAACACAGAUAACGGUGCUGAUUCUGGUGUGGUUUCUACUCACCACGUGAAAAUAAACUAUCAACUGUAUAAAGAGAACAAAGUGAUUUUAGAAUAAAAUGCAGGAAAAAAAAACUUUUUUAAAAAUGUUAGUCUUGUAGUGUGAAUAAAUUUGCCAUCACCUUUUGAGUGAUGGCUUGGCAAGUCAUAUACUUUUUUUUGGCAUAUACCUUUUUAAAUACUGUAAUUAGUGCAGUAACAGUGGGGUUUUUUUUGUGCGACUCUUCUAAAACAUUCAUAAUGCAGUCAUGUUUAUUUUUUUCUGUUAAAAUGUUUUUGACAGUUUUAAGAGCAAUCUUUUGGCUCAGACCAUUUCUUGUUCUGUUUUCAAUGAAAUCAAUAAAAAAAAAGAAGUACUUUAAA